AUGAGCGACCUUGCUCGUUUCUUCGCUCCCCGUGAGGCCUUCGGGGUGGAGUGGAGCUGCGGAAUCUUGGCAAGUCCUGAAGAAGCAAGCCGGGCAGCCACUAUCAACUCUUCACGUCUUGGCACGGGACAGAACUGCGAGAGCUGCAUCGUCAUUUGCGUAGCCACCGCGCCCGAUGCCAAGCAAAGACCAGACGAGACCUCCUCUCACAUCGGGAUUCGAGACCCUGACUCGUGCGCCGAUCCGCAGUACCCGAUUGUCUUUUCCACUCCUGGUCAAGUCGCCGAUAUGCGGACGACAACAAUGCUAGGAAACAUGCUCACUAGAACGAAGAAUGUAUUGCUUGUGUUGUCCGUCAGUAUGGUGCUGUAUGCUGUAUUCGUGAUUGCACAAUCCUCCCCUGUCCUGAUCUGA